AUGGAGCCAGGUCGAGCGCCUUCACCGACAACGCUGGCACGGCUGAUGCGACGCCGGGUUCCCCCAGAAAAGCGCCAGCGCACAGAAGCUAGUUGCGACUACUGCCGCGUCAAGCGGUGCAAGUGUUCCCGAACCAGUGUCCACGAGGCCUGCCGGGCUUGUCUGAUGCAGGGCCAGGCGUGUAUCACGUCGUCCAGACCAAGAGCACCACGUCGAGUGCAGCCAGAGUCGACACGAAGGUCCUUAGCGAGCAGCCCCUUGUUACGGGGGCCGUCGGUACUUCUGCCUCGUGAGAGCCGCCAUAUGACGGUGUCGAAUGCUGUGAUGGACACCAGCUCUCCGGACCAGGCCUUUGUCGAAGACCUCCUGGGCCGAUGCCAGUUUAUCGGACCUACGGGCUCCUAUACCUACGUGGUAAGACUGCGGGAGAUCAUGCAUGUCCGCCGGACACCAGUGCCGCCUCUGGAUGGGCCGGAUCAUGCGCAGACCAUGGGCCAAACGGCACAGAAGCGGCGCACGCACUGGACGCAGCUGGAUCUGCCACCGCGCGAGGUCGCCAAUGCCCUCAUCGAUACCUUCUUUGCCAAAGUGCACUGCGACUUCCCCGUCUUCCACCGGGCGCUGUUCCAGGAGGCAUACGACGACACCUGGGAGGUGGCCACGCAAGACACCGACCCGGCAUGGUUGAUGGCGCUGUACAUGGUCUUCGUGCUGGCACUGCAGGCACCGUCGGACAAUCCGUUGCACGCCCAGUUUGCCGCACGCAAGGAGGGCACCAUUGAGCGGUACGUGGCCAAGGCCAAGAUGCUGCUCCCGGAGGUGAUUGUCGGUUGCACCCUCGCGCACGUCCAGGCUUUGAUGGUCUAUUGUCUGCACUUGCAUCUGUCCAAGGAGCGCAACGCGUGCUGGAACAUCAUGGGGUCGGCCAUCCGGAUCGCCAUCGCCAUCGGCCUCCACAGCAACGGCACCUACGGCAAGUGCAGUCCCCUGCUUCACCAGGUCCGGAAGCGCGUGUGGUGGACACUGUACGCCUUUGAGCGCAUCGAGUGCUCGUCGCUGGGCCGGCCGUCGGCUGUGGACGACUCGGAGCUCAGUGUCAGCGUGCCUACCGAGGGCCUCCUGGACAUGGGCAACAUCUUCCCCCUGAACCAUCUCGAUGCCCAGUCCCAGCUGAUGAUGAUACUCGGUAGGAUCUGCAAGGCCCGCAUUGGCACUGAAGAUCUCUCCCCGGCAGCUGUCGAGUUCGCUGACGAUAUCUUGCACCAACUGGACAGCUGGAUAGACAAGAUCCCCUUUCACCUCCGCUGGAACCCGGACUUCCCGCGGUCUCACCACCGGGCUAUCCUCUUGCUACACAUUCAAUAUCAUUACACGCGCAUGCUCUUGACCCGACCGUUCCUGGCGGCGUGGACUCGGGAAAAGAGCGCCAGCCCACCGACCGACUUUACAGCUAGGUGUGGUCGCACCUGCGUCGAGUCGGCCAAGGCGUCCGCUCAACUGCUCCAGAAGCUGGCAGACGGGGACCUCUUCAACUCCAAGACCUGGUGGGACGUCUAUUUCGUCGAAGCCACCUCCGUCGCCCUGAUCUUAGGCAAGCUAGUCGGGGCUCCCGAGUUCGACGCCGACGCCGACGCCCUGACCGAUUCGCUGCAUAUCUGUAUGUCUAUCUUACGCGACUGCAACGAAUUCUCCCCGACUAUGCAGCGCUUUGCCAAGGUCGCCUCGACGUUUAUGCAACAGCUAAUGAAUAAUGAGCCUGGUGCUAAGGAGGACCUCCCGCUUGACCGCGGCGCCCGUGUUGACAAGGCCGCGGAGGAUGUCCCCAGUCCCCUCAAUCCAGGUGCCCAGCCGAACCACCAGAGCGACUCUCCUGCAUCAUCCCAGGUCGACGGCGAAGUCACUAUUGCCGACCGGAACUACGGGCACACCGAAUGGGAGUGGGAUGCGUGGCGCGAUCCCUGGGAGCCGGGAGACGUCGUGACCCAGUACAAUAUGGACGAAUGGGGGGGUCUACAGGCUGUUGAGCCUGAUAUGGGGAUCUGA